AUCGAGAAGGGAGGGCUGAGGUUGGAUGCAAAAGAAAGCUAUUUGAACAUCCCACAGCACUGUUUAUAUUUUUCUAUUAAGGUAAAGGGGAUUGUAGUCUUGAUAUCGAGUGUAUUAGCAGAAUUUUACUGCGGAUGUUUAGGUUGGGCUGAAAUUGUGAUACCUACUGAAUCUUUUAGAUUGAGUUCUAUAAUAGAUCUGUGAUCUAUUAAAGCAAAAUGUGUGGAAAACAGCAUAUUAUCAAGCACUAGGAUCAGUUUGUUUACCUUCCAAGUCAUACUCAGCGAUCCAAACGCCAACAUCUACGCUCAAUUAGAAUUGUCCCUGUUCAGCCAUGGCUUCAAACUCCAUCACCACCAAGCCCACUGCUUGCAGUGGCAGGGAAGAAGGUCAGAGAGUGUACCAGCUUACGGAGUCAAGCCAAGCACCUGUCACCUCCCAACCAACAAUCUCCGGACAACCAGCUACACCCUCUGGCCCAGGGAGGGCUGCUGAACUGGACCACCUGGCAGUGAUCAACGAGAAGAUGGAGAACAGUAAUGGAAUUUGUCAUGCCUCUGCAGACCCUUCCCCCCCUGCAUCGUCCCUCUCCUCCCCGCCAAAGAAGCAGCAUACCAAGCCAGGUGGGCACGAACUGAAUGGUCGCUCCCAGCUGGGCAGUUGCUCUGGCUCGUUGGGCCACUCAGCGGGGUCCCCUAGACCCUCCCUCAGUCGCAAACCUAGUAUGCUGCCAGAGGGCCCUGGCGAUGGGUCCAAACCCAGAGACUAUCUGAUUUUAGCAAUCCUCUCUUGUUUCUGCCCUCUGUGGCCCAUCAACAUCGUAGCUCUGACCUUCUCUGUAAUGUCGCGGAACAGUCUGCAAGAGGGGAACAUCGAUGGGGCACGGCGCUUGGGUCGUAAUGCCAUGAUACUAUCCAUUGUCUCCCUAGUGGGAGGGAUCAUUAUCAUAACUGCAGCUAUCAUCUUCAACUGGGGACUUAUAUUAAAAUCCUGAGGGUUUUAAUUAAACCUGCAUCCAGAUGGCAAGACUGCACAAACAACAAGCAAACUAACAAGACUGUACACUUUCCAAAAUCAAAGCACUAUUCUUCUCAAGCGCCUGCAACCUACCCUCUGUCCUUUAAUCUGGGUCUUGCUGCACGAGCAUGGAAGGCCUGUACAUGUUCUCAGACACAGACAACCCCUUUAACUCUACCUCCUACAGCAUGUUUUACCCAGAAUGCAGGUGUUGUGCAGAAGGUAUGGCAGGAGCAAAUGCAGUCUUAUGUAAAGAUCUUCUCUUCAGGUGGAUUGUAAGUCACAGUUUUCUUCAACAAGCCUCCCAAAUCACUCCAGUCUGCUAAAGCUAGAGUAAAAUGUCACUGGAAAUGACAUCUGCUUUUAGGGGAUUUUCUAGUUCUAUUUCAAUGAGCUCCUUAACAAUGUAAAACAAAAAGUGAUUGUUUUAUUUGUGACACCAAAAGGCUUCACUGUAGCUUAACAUAAUGACUGACGGUCUAAGUUCAAAUAAAUAGUCAUGCACUUUGUAUGAUAGAUGUAAUGAAUUAAUG